GAGAAAAGGAGGGAAGGUUCCGGAGUCAUUCUCAGUCACGCUCUGCCUCGCUGCUUAAAGAGUGGACGCGUGGAGAGCUCCGAAGUGCCCCUCGCCUUACGUACUCAUGUUCCUUAUUGGAUCAGAGAGGAAGAGGACGUGGCUUGUUGUACUCUCUGCCUUGAAAAAGUAAGGAUGUGUGGAGGGCUCCUUUGUGUCCCUCGCUCAAAGCCUUUCCCGUCUUUUUGGGCCAGAAAAAAGGUGACAUCCCUCCGAUAUUCAGCUUAAUCUUUUCUCCUUGCAUUACUUGUGUUCUUGCUGGACUAGAAACGCAGCCUUUUUUCGUAUAUGAUUUCUAACCUUUUUUCCUCGCUCUCCCCGUAUUAUUCGUCUCUCCAUCACUUCCACGCCCCUGCCAAUUGGUACCUUCAGAUCCAAGCGCUCUUGAUCUUGGAGUCUCGCGAAGAGAAGCGAACUAAGACGCAAAAGACGACGUGCAGCUGCCAGACGAUCAGACACAACCAUGACUACCUUCUUCCAGCACUUUUACAUCUCAGCAAUGCCGGUGUUAUUUGCAAGUUCUGUCGAGAGCAGCGAAUGUCUUGAUUUUAACUCUUGUCAUGUGUGUGCAGCGGUGCCUGGCUUUUGAUAGCGUUCAGUGUAAAGGCUGAAGACGUGAAGACACUGAACGGUUUAAGUAGACUGCCUUCCAAUCAACCAAAGAGAAGAAAUAUCCAUAGAGGAGCACAAAACACUACUACCGUAAAAAAAAAAAAAAAAAAAAAAAACUUUUGACCUAUCCUUUUCUUCUGGUUUUCUCCAUUUUGCUUUGAUUUUUUUCGUGUGUGGUUUAGUGAUUUGGAGUGCAGGGGGGUGGUGCGGCGAAUACUCUGUGAGGAGGUGAGGGUGUGCCAUGGUGUGCCGCGCCUGAGGACGUCUCGAAGUAAGGAUACAAAUAAGUACAAACCUCGUGACCACCAUGGCUCCGAAGGUGGUGCUCCUCCUCCUCUUCCUGUGUGGUCUCAUCCUCCCCGCAAGCGCCAAUAACGGGGGACUGAGGAAGGUGGAGCCAAAGAUAGAGGCUAGCAGCGACGCCUCCACCAGCAGCACCAACAAGACCAAAGGCGAGCAUGACCUCUUCGAAGACCUGUUUCUCACUUACAAUAACAAUAUUCGACCUGACGAAGUGAGAAAAGUGACGAGGGUGUUCUUCGAGCUGUCGCUGUUCAACCUUCUGAGAGUGGACACGAAGAGCCAGUCCAUCUUGACCAACAGCGAGAUCAUCAUGAAGUGGCAGGACAAGUUCAUGAAAUGGGAUCCUGCGGAUUACGGGGGAAUUAAGACCAUCAGGGUGCCGUAUGAGAAGAUCUGGUUCCCGGACAUCAUCCUGCAGAACACCGCCUCCGCCAGCUACGAGGACGGCGUUCUGAACACCAAUGCCAUUAUCUACUACACGGGCGAGGUGGAGCUGACCAGCCACGCCGUGUUGGACUCCAUCUGCAUCAUGGACGUGCAGUGGUACCCUUUCGACGAGCAGACCUGCGAGCUGUCCUUCGCCUCCUGGACCUACGACACCUACAAGAUUAACCUCAUCCCGGGCCCCGCAGACUUGUCGGAGUACAGCCAGAACCCAGAGUUUUUCCUUGAGGACUUCUACAGAACCAUUCAAGACCUUCACAACCCCUGCUGUCUCUUGCCUGUCUCCACCAUUAAGUACCAUCUGCAGAUUCAGCGACGCACCAUUUUCUCCCUCUUCUUCUUCCUCAUGCCUGGGAUCCUCAUUAAUAUAUGCGCGCUGAUGGUGUUCUCACUGCCGUCUGAGUCUGGAGAGAAGAUCGGUCUGGGCAUUAACUCUAUGUUGGCUAUGAUGGUGUUCCUGAUGGCAAUGACGGAGAGACUGCCACCCACUGAGAAGCUGCCUCUUGCUGGUGUGUACUACGGGGCGUGUAUCUCCAUGAUCACCUUCAAUAUCUGCUUCACCGUAUUUGUGCUUAACCUCAACGUGAUGGGCAUGAGGGGCUAUCAGGUGCCUCACUUCAUCAGGGCCAUCACUCUCUUUGUAGCCAGGUCGAUCUUUGUCAGGAUUCCAAAGAUCGUCAAGGCGGCGUGGGAUCUCGAUGAGAACAACAGGCUCAGCAGCCCCGUGGAGUCCAUGAACGACAAACUGGAAAAGAGCAAAUUGUCAGACAAGAAGAGCAACGUGAGGCUGUUCACGGUGAAGCCCUCCACUCCCCCCAAGAUGAAGCCCAGCCCAGAGGUGACCAUGAGGGAGCUGGACGAGGACCUUAGUGUGGCAGAUAUCAAAGAUCCAUUCCAACGGCGCACCGUCCUUGCCCUGGAGUCCAUCAACAGAAUCUUGACCCGGGAGAGGAAGGAGGCGGACGAGUCCAGCAGAAGGAGCAAUCUGGUGGACGAGUGGAAGUUUGUGUCACGUGUUUUGGACCGGACGCUCUUCAUCACCUUCACCGUCGUGUGCGUCAUCUUUAACCUAUCCAUCCUCACCUCAUCGCCUUUCCGGGAGAGAUUCAGUUACUGUCCAGUGGGCGACUGCGAAGGACUCACCGUAGAGGAGAUCUUAGAGCUGACCGCCAACUCGGCUGCGGGACACAGUGUACUCACGAAUAAAAAAACCGAUGGCGAAGGCAACGGUGACGGGAUGGCCUCUGCCCAUCUGCACAGCAACCCAGGCACUUUGGUGUCCUUGAAUGAAGCAUCCAACUCAAUCUCCGAGGACCACAAGGAUCACAAGGGCGACAAAGGCCCAAGACGACGCAAGCCACUGGAGCGCCCGACCGGGGAGUUCCUUACAACUCCACAACCUGACAGAUUAUAUGUGGCCAACCCAGGACCAAAAUACGAGGGCUAUGAGGGGCUGGGGCUGUUGCCGCCUGACCAUAAUGAACAUCAGCCCGGCGCGAGGCGAGAUCCACAACAGCAGCAGCCGCCUGGCUCUGCAGAGGGAGGCUGAGGCUUCAUAGAUCUCUCCUUCUCAUACACAGAGUUAAAUAAUUAUACUGUAUAGGUGGAAAGAUUAUUAUACUUAUUCUAUCUUCCUUCCUCCUUCAGGAGACGAGCAGCAAGGCACCUCUUGAAAUGAACUGAUUGUCCAUUUUGAAACUUUCCUACCGUAUCACUUGUUUUCAUUUGGAGAUAACAUUUUUGUUAUAUUUAAUUUAAUGGGAAAGCUCUUUUGCCAAUUAUGAUUUUCUUUCCCUCACACACACACACACACACACACACACACACACACACACACACACACACACACACACACAAACACACACACACACACACACACACACACACACACACACACACACACACACACACACACACACACAAACACACACACGGUCUUGGUUACACAGAUUUUUUUAUUUCUUCAUAACAUACUCGUAUCAAGGUUACAUAUUAUUUAAUUAAUUCCCAGUUAAUCAUUAGGAUUUUUGUCUCAGUGAGUGUUUUUAAGAAGUGUUUAGUUCUGGUUUGUUUCAUGUUCUUAAUAAACGGAAACGACAAUCAGUUUCGAGCGUGAUAGAAUAUUCCACCUCAGGUUUCUCUUGACAUAGCAAAAUGUUUACUGUAGGAAAAAAAAAAAAAAAUGAGAUGUUGUUUGUGUCGUCUGGAUUUAGAAUAUUAUUUGGUAAGUCAUCGGUCAGUAGUGGCGAGCAUCAGAGGCCAGGUUGUGGAUGAGAUCAUGAUUGACUGUUUCAUUAUAUGCAUUUUUUAUGUGAAAUUAAUAUUUUUCAGAGAGCAGGAUGCACUGACUUCCGUCAUCAUAAUUUGUCUCUUAAUGAUGUAAUUUCUUUGAGUUUAUGAUUUCAUGACUCACAGUGCAUCAAGAAGCAGUGAGCGUUGCAUAGACAUCCAUCAGAAUGCCGCAGAAUUUAAAGCAACUAAGGAAAAAGGUGACAGUACGUGCAAAAAAAUUGGUGCAGAUGACUGAUGAAUCUGCAAACACCCCAUCGCGGGAACCAUUCCUCCCUCGAUGGGGCAACGCGUGGCCUCAUUCACUCAAACACUAGUCAUCGGGCAGACUACUCUGAGAAAUUACAGGAGAUUUGGGCUGAGCACUGACAUAUUAUGAGUAGGUGUGGUUCUUGUGAAGCACAAUACAUGGGAGUUAUGUCACUCUUUAGAAAGAUACAUUGC